AUGUUUAAAUAUUUAAAACGAGAAGAGCCCAAAAAGCUUUCAGAUGCUAUUAAAAAAAAAUGCAAACAAUCAGAAACACAGACAGGGCCUCUCCCUGUUUAUAUAAUUCCACUGGAAAAAAAAAAAGAUUUCAAUGUAGAUGGAUGCAAGAGUUUCACUUUUGGGAAAGAGUCCAGUAAACCUAAUCGCACCAUAAUGGUUCUCGGAGCUACCGGUGCUGGGAAGACAACUCUCAUCAACGGGAUGAUCAAUUACAUUUUAGGUGUUAAAUGGGAGGAUCCAUAUCGCUUUAAGUUAGUUGAUGAGGGUGAGUUAACAUCACAAUCUGAGAGUCAGACCUCUGAAGUCACUGUGUACAAAAUCAACCACCAGCAGGGAUUUGAAAUUGAGUUCUCUCUGACCAUUGUGGACACUCCAGGCUUUGGAGAUACAAGAGGCAUAGAAAAAGACAGAGAGAUCGUAGAGCAGCUACGUAAUCUCUUCACUGCUCAGGGUGGUGUCAGUGAAAUCGAUGCUGUGUGUUUUGUAGCUCAGGCUGCUUUAGCACGACUCACACCAACACAGAAAUAUGUGUUUGAUUCAGUGCUCUCAAUCUUUGGCAAAGAUGUGGCAGAAAACAUCAGGGUUCUGGUGACAUUUGCAGACGGUCAGCGACCUCCAGUUCUGGAGGCGAUCAAUGCUGCAGGAGUCCCAUGUCCUAAAUCAAAAGACGAGCUGCCGGUUCACUUCAAAUUCAAUAACUCAGCGCUCUUUGCAAACAACAAAUCAGCUGUAGCAGAAAGCAUAAGUGAUGACGAUGAAGAAGAAGGUGGCUUUGAUAAGAUGUUUUGGGAGAUGGGGACAAAAAGCAUGAAGAGGUUUUUUGCUGCUCUGAAUAAAAUAGAAACCAAAAGCUUGACACUGACACAGGAAGUCCUCAGAGAAAGAAAGCAGCUCGAGAUUUCAGUUGAGAAUCUGCAGGAGCAGGUGAAACUUGGGUUAGCCAAGCUUGAGGAGAUAAAAGAGACGAGUGAAAAAAUUAAAGAAUAUGAAGCAGAGAUCAGCAGAAAUGAGAACUUUGAAUUUGAAGUUACUGUCAAAAAGCCUUUUCAGGAGGACAUUUCUGGCUCUGGAAACUACAUCACUAACUGUCAGCAGUGUCAUGUCACCUGUCACUACCCUUGUGCCAUACCAAAUGAUGCAGAUAAAAGGGGCUGUGCAGCAAUUGGAUCAAAUGGAUAUUGUACAGUGUGCUCAGGGAAAUGUAUUUGGAAUGUACACUUUAACCAGAAGUACAAAUGGGGCUAUAAAGAUGUUAAAGAAAAAGUAACAAAAAAAGAUCUGCAAGAAAAAUAUCUGAAAGCCACAGGAGAAAAGAUGACUGUUCAAGCACUGGUUGACAAACUGAAUGCUGAGUAUAAACGUUUGCAGGCUGACGUAGUGAAACUGAUGGAGAGAUCUUCCAAGUGUCUGAACAGACUCAAAGAGAUAGCACUGAAGCCAAACCCUCUGUCCACUCCAGAGUACAUCGACAUGCUUAUUGAAGGAGAGAAAUCUGAGGGCAAAGAAGGCUGGAAGAGACGAGUUCAGUCUCUGAUGUCCAUGAAGGAAAAAGCAGAGACAAUGGCUAAAAUAGAGGAAGGAAAGAAACUCCUGCGUCAUCAAAAAUCACUUGAUGUCAAUCCUUAG